UGUUUACGAACAAGUAAAACAUGCAAAUGGCAAGCAAGGGACAGAGACCAAAACAAUUACGAAGAUAGCCGCAAAGAGAAACGUGGAAAAUUUAUGAAAAACUGUGAAAACUGUGUGGUGGCGCAUUGAAAAUGGUGCUGCGAUCGGGAAUUAUAAUUCCAUUUCAAUUUCGCGAUACAAAGAAGCUGCUCAUGAUUGGCGUGCCCGAGGAGAAUCGAAAUUUAAACAUAUGGGACUUGAAGAAUGUUGUGCGCGCUGCAUUUGGAAUCUACAAUUUCGAGUUUCGCAACAAAAAAAUUGGCUUCAACAUACCCGAUGAACUGCUGCUGCAUUAUUUGGCCCAACGUCACGACCUCACAAAUUUCGUUAUAGAAAUCAGCCAAGCCCUAGACGAUGGCCAUGCCAAGGAGCUGCUCUCCUAUGAGCCUUCCUGCUCGAUGGCUGCACUCAAACAGCAGCAGCAGCAGCAACAACAACAGCAGCAGCAACACCAUCAUCCACAUCCGCACCAGCAUCAGCACCAGGUGCCACUGCCACAGCGUUCGAAUGAGAGUGCCAGUCACGCCCACGACUAUGUGGCUGGCACUGCAGGUGCUGCAGUUUUGCCCGGCUCACAGCCCAAUUCACCGGCCCUGGGCGUGUGCAAUGAACCCGUGGAUUCGCCGUUGGAGCAUGCAAACAAUUCCAACUCGGAUCAUGUGGAUGCAGCGCAGAAGCUGCGGCUCGCACAAAAUUAUGCGGAACGCACGCCGGAAUCGCUAACACAAUCCAUAGACCCGAUGGACAUAAUACCCAAAGCAGAGUCGGAAUCUGAGGUGGAGCGGGCGGCACGUGCGGCACGUUAUCAGGCACGGGAACAGCAGCAGCGACAGCAACAGGAGCAGCAACAUGCCCAGGCACUGCAACAAGAAGCACAGGCACUGCAGCACGUGCUGCCCAGCCAGCAAUUCUUUACCAACUAUGCGCACAGUCUGCCGACGAUGACUGCACCAAAUACUUCCCAACAGCCGCCCUAUACGCCCGGUCUGAUGAGUCGCUUUAGAAAACGUGGCGAACGCAUGUCCAAGGAUCAAAAGGAGCUCUAUGUCAAAUUCUUUGAGGAUAAUCCCUGUAUGCUGUCGAACCACCGUCGCCACGAUGGACUCACCGAACCACUGUGGGCCAAGUUAGCACAUAUGCUAAACAGUGUGCCUCAGGGAGCUGUGAAGAAUGUGGAGGAUUGGAAGCAAACGUUUGACGCCUGGCGCUAUCGCAUUUUUAUGUACACACGCUACAACUCCAAGUUGAGCAUGUCGGAGACGAAUGAUCCCAAGAACUUUAAACCGCUGACAGCCACCGAUCAGAAAGCCUAUGCCAUGUGGACCAGUCACAAGCACAUUGCACCGCCGGACUAUGAGAAAAUGGAUAUGUUUGUGCCGCUGGACGAGAGCACAACGGCGACCAACAGUUAUGACUAUUAAGCCAACUCCGGUCGAGACCAGUGCAAAUGUUAAAUGAUGUUCAAUUCGAUGAUGAUGUGUACUUUAACUAAUACUAAGCGCUAAAUACAUUAUGUUUAAGCAACAAAAAUCAAA